GCUGUUACAGCCCCGCCUCUGAGCUCUGUCAUGGCGGCGUCCAGUGCUCAAGCAGGUGUGAGGGGACGCGAUGCUGGGGUUUUUGUCCGCGCGACAAGCGGGUUUGGAGGAUCCUCUUUGCCUCCGAAGAGCGGAGUCCACACGGAGGGUUUUGGGACUGGAGUUAAACAAAGACAGAGAUGUUGAAAGAAUCCAUGGCAGUGGAGUUAACACACUUGACAUUGAACCUGUUGAAGGGAGAUACAUGUUAUCAGGUGGUUCAGAUGGUGUGAUUGUGCUUUAUGACCUUGAGAACUCCAGCAGAAAACCUUAUUACACAUGUAAAGCAUUGUGUUCCAUUGACAGAAACCAUCCUGAUGUUCACAAAUACAGUGUGGAGACCGUACAGUGGUAUCCUCAUGACACUGGCAUGUUCACAUCAAGCUCAUUUGAUAAAACUCUGAAAGUUUGGGAUACAAACACAUUACAAACUGCAGAUGUAUUUAACUUUGAGGAAACAGUUUACAGUCAUCACAUGUCUCCAGUCGCCACUAAGCACUGUUUGGUAGCAGUUGGUACUAGAGGACCCAAAGUACAACUUUGUGAUUUAAAGUCUGGAUCCUGUUCCCACAUUCUACAGGGUCACAGACAGGAAAUAUUGGCAGUUUCCUGGUCACCACGUUAUGACUACAUCUUGGCAACUGCAAGUGCUGACAGUAGAGUAAAAUUAUGGGAUGUGAGAAGAGCAUCAGGAUGUUUGAUUACUCUUGAUCAGCAUAAUGGGAAAAAGUCACAAGCUGUUGAAUCAGCAAACACUGCUCACAAUGGGAAAGUUAAUGGCUUAUGUUUUACAAGUGAUGGGCUCCACCUCCUCACUGUUGGUACAGACAAUCGAAUGAGGCUUUGGAAUAGUUCAAAUGGAGAAAACACACUAGUGAACUAUGGAAAAGUUUGUAAUAACAGUAGAAAAGGAUUGAAAUUCACUGUCUCCUGUGGCUGCAGUUCAGAAUUUGUUUUUGUACCAUAUGGUAGCACCAUUGCUGUUUAUACAGUUUACUCAGGAGAACAGAUAACUAUGCUUAAGGGACAUUAUAAAAGUGUUGACUGCUGUGUAUUUCAGUCUAAUUUCCAGGAACUUUAUAGUGGUAGCAGAGACUGCAAUAUUCUUGCUUGGGUACCAUCCUUAUAUGAACCAGUUCCUGAUGAUGAUGAGGAAACUACAACCAAAUCACAGUUGAAUCCAGCAUUUGAAGAUGCCUGGAGCAGCACUGAUGAGGAAGGAUGAAUAUCAUCAACCCUUAGUACCUUUGUGUCUCUGUUGAUGAAAUUUUUUAAAUGGGACUGUGUGUGUUUUGGUUUUAACUGUUCAUUCUGUUCCUGACAACUAAAUUAACCCAUGAUUAUUUUCCUCCAUGUUUUAAAAUGAGGUUAGUAUUUGCAUGAAGUCCUAAAACAGACUUCUGCACAGUUUAAUCAAAACAUGUCUUCUUGCUCCCAGUUUCUGUGGUCUGGGGUAGCCCCUAUUGCUACAGUACAAGGACACAAGUCAUUGUGCUUCACCUGUGACCUUCAGCAAAUUUUAUGAAUUAUAAAGAUGCAAUCUCAGAGGAUCAUCAAGUAGAGGUUAUCAGCAUUGACUUUCUCCUAAUGGCUGUGCUAUCAGCCUGCUCAUUUCCACUUUCAAGGAUGAGUCUACUGAGGAUGUUUGCAUCAAAAAUAAUAGUUGAAAAGACAGCAUCAAAAUUAUUUUAUUCUUUCAUAUUCGUGUAC